AUGACGGCGUACGCGAAAGCGUUGAUUCAGGCCGGGGGGCAUGACUCUAACGUGAACGCCCUGGAUGGCUGCGGAAUGACUCCCCUGGCCAGAGCGGCGGCGCAAGGGUUCGCAGACAUGGUUUCCCUCCUACUCGAGAAUGGAGCACGCUUUGUCGAUAUAUUCGCAGCAUCCGGCCAUGAUAUACCAACACAGCCUGAAUACAACCUGCUGAUGACGUUCUGCAGCUCACAGGGAGAGGGGCGUUUCCGCCACCGUAAAUCAACAGAUGAUGAAGAGAAAUGUCUAGAUAUCAUCCUCCGCACGGGAUGCGAUGUGGACAGUCGCUCAAAAACCGGCCGUACCGCCCUGCAUGCAUGCGUGGCUGCGGGGGCUCCCUCGCUGGUGGAGAAACUGCUCGAGCAUGGAGCGGACGCUCAUGCGGUCGAUGAAAACGGCAACACGCCUUUGCACCUUUUAAAACCAGAAAAAUGGGACGAGGACGCGUCCGCGGCGCGUAUUCUUCACGCCUUGACAUGCGCCGGAGACAAAGCGGGCAUGUCGAACAACCGCAGUGUCCCUCUCCUUGCCUGGUGCACACAGCAUGGAAUUGACGACCUGGACCUCGACCUAUUGGAACCCUACGUGACGGACUGGAACAUAGCCGACGAGCAAGGCAACACACCCAUCCAUCUGCUGUUGCGUAGCUGGGCCGGCAAAAAUACCCUCCAGAAGCUGGUGGCCAUGGGCGCAGACCCAAAUUGGCGCAAUGAUGAGGGUUACACCCCAUUACAUCGGACGAACACCAUCGACCAGCUACUGGAAUUAGGCGCUGAUAUCCGCGCCACCGAUUAUGCGGGUAAUAAUGCGCUGCACCUGCUCUGUGAACAUACUCAUCAGCUUGAGAGUCUGCGUGUGCUCCUUGACGGGGGGGCGGACCCCCUCCAUCUCAACCACAAUGGCGACACCCUCUGGCAUGUCUUGAUGCGGCACUGCCUCAAAUAUUUCUCCCAUGAUCUUGUUUCGAUGGUAUACAUGUUGCGACGCCGGGCGGGGGACAUCCCUCUCUCCACGAGAAACCAUAACGGCCAGACCCUUCUGCAUUGCAUGUGCGGCGCUGAGGUACAAAGGCGACGACCCAUUCAUCUAGCGGCGGCUCGUUCGGAAGCGUUGGUCGACUGGUUGAUACGCCGCGGUGCAAGUCUCACGGGAAAGAAGACCCGCGCAGGCGAGAACAUUCUACAUAUCGCGGCAGCAGCGAGGGAUAGCAAUACAGUCGGUCUGUUGUUAGAGAGCUAUGCCAACCAGGCGCAGCGCCGAAUGGCCAUUAAUGAAGCUGAUCAACACGGUCGCACGCCGUUACAUGUGGCCUGUUGCUCUGGACGGGUGGAGAGCGUCAUGCUUCUCCUCGAAGCGGGCGCGGAUGUGACUAUCAAAGAUAUAAAUGGGCAAACGCCAUUACACGCCUGUGCAGAAUUCAGGAGACAGCUUCCCAUCCCUCGAAGACCCAGGAACGACUCACAGCACUCGCAGCACUGUCGGUCCGUCCUCAAUGAGAACGAUGCCCUGCGCGUGACGGAUAUUAUCCACGCACUGCUCGCUCACGGAGCGGAUCCCUUCGCUGAAGAUGGCCUGCGGAGGGUGCCUCUUGAUCUCGCCGUCGAUCUAGAGAACGGUGAGAUGGUUGUCGCGUUGGCUGAUACACUAUCCUUGACUCCGCAACAUCCACGAUCAGCAGCGGGACACUUGUAUCUGGCAGCUAGGGACGAAUGCAUCGAUACCCUGGUCGAUCGACUAGGAGGAACUACAACAGACGCAGCUGCCUCACGGUCUAAUAUUGUUGCUGAAUGCGAACAUCUGCUCAGGCAGGGUGCAUUCCGCGUAUUGCAACAGCUAGGGGACCGCGGGGUGAACAUGCGUCAAGAGCAGGUGCUUGGGAAUCGCAUCUAUAACCGAAAGGAUUUUCUGCAAUCUCUUGCUCAAUGGGGGUAUACGCGUCUAUUUGAGACACUGGGCAAAUCGCGAGAUACGACCGACUGGAUCGACGGCGUGAUGUCCCGUCCAUUCAACAUCCACAUCGAUGUACUCCCGCUGAUCUUCACGGCAUCGACACGCACACUUCCCAAUCUAGAUCUUCUGAAAACUAUCGUCGAAACAUUCCACGCAGAUGUGAACAUUCGCGCAUACGAGAACGUGUAUGCCCCGUCACUAAACGAGUACACAGAGGAUGAACCGCAUCGGAGCGCGUUACAUAUUUUAUCAGAAGGGAAGCACUGGUGGCACACCUCUGCAAUACAAUACCUGCUACAACAUGGCGCGGAUGUGACGAUGCGCGAUGCAGAGGGACGGACGCCAUUGCAUAUUGCCGUGAAGGGUGGAUAUCGCCGGCUAGGAAUUGCGGCAGCGUUGCUCGAACACGGUGCCGAUCCGAACGCACUGGACAAGACAGGCGUCACGCCGCUCGCCUUCGCGGUGGGGAAUAGCGAAAUGGUCCAGCUUCUUCUUAGAUAUGGGGGAGAUGUGCAGCUGGGCUCCAAACCGGUGUUGUUUGAAGCGAUAUCGGUACAGGACAUCGAGACUGUCCAUGCUAUCCUUGAGAGUGGGGUGGACCGCUGUCGGCUCCCAUUCAAGAAUUCCCUGGCUGAUCUGGAUCGGUUUCAGAAACCCCAGGAGCGCGACCAGGAGCAGCGUCUCCUGCUACUCCAGCCUGUCCAUUAUGCCGCACUUGGUCGAUUCAAUCAGGUAGCGGAACGAGACAAGGCAGUUGAGAUCGUCGAGCUCUUUCUAGCCCACGGGGCAGACCCCUUCUGCUCAUUUGGAGACGACACCACGAUCAUGCACGACGUGUUUCACCAGGGCGGAAUCGUGGAACCGUUUCUUGCCUGGUUGACCGGGUUGGAUCUGGGGCGAAAGGACGGACAUGGUCGAACGCUUUUGCUGGCCGCGUGUGAAGUCAGCCACAAAAAAGACCACUUCCAUUACAUGAGGACCCGCGUCUUCGACAAUCUGGAACCGCGCCCCACUGCGUCCACUCAAAAGGCCCAUGCCGUUGCCCGGCUGUGUGAGAUGGGCGCCAACCUGUCGAUCACUGACCAACAGGGCAAUACUGUCCUUCAUCUGCUCGUCGCGCCCGAGCGGCACGGGAACCCGUCAGCCGGCCAAUUCCUGCCCAUGAUGAUCAGUAAAUGUCCUCCACAUCUGAUCAAUCAGAAGAACCAAGAGGGUAACACGCCGCUUCAUCUUGCUGCAAAAGAACAUCAAUGG